UCUAGGGUGAGGGGCCCCACCGGCCCCUUGGGGUGGAGGCGGGGCGGGGCGGGCCGAAGUGUGGCACCUCCCUCUGCCCUCUUGGCGCUGCAUUCCGCACCGCGCCAGCCCGCGCCAUGGGCUGUUUCUUUGCGGGUGCGGCGCUGCGGGCGUUGUUGUGCGGGCCACGCAUUCCAGGCCUGCUGGUGCGCCCCAGUUCCGGAGGGCCUUCCUGGCCCCAGGAGCGGACCCUGGUUGCUGUGAAGCCAGAUGGGGUGCAGCGGAGGCUAGUGGGCACUGUGAUACAACGCUUUGAGAGGCGGGGCUUCAAGCUAGUGGGGAUGAAGAUGUUGCAGGCACCAGAGAGCAUCCUUGCUGAGCACUACCGGGACCUACAGAGGAAGCCAUUCUACCCAUCCCUUAUCAGCUACAUGAGCUCUGGGCCUGUGGUGGCCAUGGUCUGGGAAGGGCACAAUGUGGUCCACAUCUCAAGGACCAUGAUAGGACACACUGACUCAACCCAGGCAGCUCCUGGGACAAUCAGGGGAGACUUCAGUGUUCACAUCAGCAGAUUUAUUUAUUUAUUAGGUAUACAGUGCUCUAUCUGCACGUACACCUGCAGACCAGGAGAGGGCAACAGCUCUCAUUACAGAUGGUUGUGAGCCACCAUGUGAUUGCUGGGAAUUGAACUCAGGGACCUCUGGAAGAACAAGCAGUGCUCUUAACCGCUGAGCCAUCUCUCCAGCCCUUUUUUUUAAUUUUUCAAGACAGGGUUUCUCUGUGUAACAGUUCUAGCUAUCCUGGAACUCACUCUGUAGACCAGGCUGGCCCCAAACUCACAGAGAUCCACCUGCCUCUGCCUCCCAAGAGCUGUGAUUAAAGGCGUGUGCCCCCACUGCCUGGCCCUUGUCCCUUGUGUGUGUGUGUGUGUGUGUGUGUGUGUGUGUGUGUGUGUGUGUGUGUAUCUGUGCAUGUGCCUGCAGUGCCUGUGUAAGCCAGAAGAGGGAGUAAGAUGCCCUGGAGCUGGAGUUACAGGUAGUUUUUUGCCGCCCUGUUUAGGUGCUGGGAACUAAGUUCAGGUUCUCUGCAAGAGAAUGAAUGUACUCUUAACUGUUGAGCCAUCUCUUCAGCCUCUCCCUUCACUUCCUUCCUUCCUUUUUUU